UAUGAGGGGUCCCACUACAAUCCUGACCCAUAACCCUGAAGAUUCGAGUGACGAACCUAGAGAGUUUGUAUUCGACUAUAGCUAUUGGUCCCAUGACGGUUGCAAAGAAGAAGGUAAUGGUUAUUAUAGUCCAGAUAAAUCUCAUCCGAAUGGAAAGAAAUUUUGCGAUCAAAGAACAGUCUAUGACGAUUUGGGUAAAGGUGUAUUGGCUAAUGCAUGGAAAGGAUAUAAUUCAACGCUAUUUGCCUACGGACAAACUGGUAGCGGCAAAAGUUGGUCAGUUGUAGGCUAUGGAGAAAAUAAGGGUAUUAUUCCACUUUUCUGCAACGACGUCUUUAAAGAAAUUGAAGAAAAGAGAAAAGCCGCCGAUGGUACAUCUUAUGAGGUCAGUUUCAAUAUGUUAGAAAUAUAUAAUGAAAAAGUUCGAGAUUUAUUAAAUCCGAAGAAAUCUAAUUUAAAAGUUAGACAACAUCCAAAGAAAGGAUUUUAUGCUGAAGGAUUAAUGACUUAUCCAGUUGAUAAUUAUGAAGAAAUUGAGAGUAAAAUGGAAGAAGGUACGCUUAAUAGAACAGUUGCCUCUACAAAUAUGAAUGCAACGAGUAGUCGAGCUCAUACUAUUGUUGGUAUUACUUUUGUUCAAAAGUUUAAAAAUGCUGCUGGAGAAGAAACAGCAAAAACAGCGGUUUGCAACCUUGUCGAUUUAGCUGGAAGUGAGAGGGCUGAAAGUACUGGAGCAACUGGAGAUAGGUUGAAAGAAGGUGCAGCUAUUAAUCAGUCAUUGUCGUCCUUGGGAAAUUGUAUAGCAGCCUUGGCGGACAGGUCAUCUGGAAAAAAAGUUCGUAUUCCUUACAGAGAUUCUGUGUUAACGAAACUAUUGAAAAAUGCUCUGGGCGGAAAUAGUAAAACAAUAAUGAUAGCUGCUAUUAGCCCUGCCGAUAUCAAUUACGAUGAAACUUUGUCUACACUAAGAUACGCAGAUAGAGCUAAGCAAAUUAAGAAUGUUGCAACUGUUAAUGAAGAUCCAACCGAAAAAAUGAUCAGAGAACUUCAAGAGGAAAAUGAGCGUUUAAAAGAAAUGCUAAAAUCGGGAAAAAUAAGCGUUCCUGUAGCAGAUGAAGAUGACAUGGAUGAGAAUAUGACAGCCGAUGAAAAAGCAGCUCUUAAGAAAGAAAUGGAAGAAGAUUACGCAGCACAAUUAGACGAAAACGCCAGAGAAAUGGAAGAAAUGAAAAAGGCAUUUGAAGAAAAACUUAAAGCAGCAAGAGAAGCUGGCAGUACUAAGAAUAACGAAAUGAAUGAGAAGAAAAAAGCGCUAAAAAACACUCCUCAUCUUUAUAAUCUUAACUUUGAUCCUCAGCUUACUGGCCACAUUUUUCAUCUAUUAAAUAAUGACGAAACUAUAAUUGGCAAAGAUGAAUCGUCAAACAUUCGUCUCAAUGGUCCGAGCAUUUUAAAUAAACAUGCUAUAAUUAGGAAAACCAAGGGAAAGUUUACCAUUGAAAAAGCUUCAUCAGAGUCUAAAAUUCUUGUCAAUGGCCAAGUGAUAAACGAAACCGAAGAACUCGAAGGUUACGAUCGUAUCAUGUUUGGCACAACACAACUUUUCGUCUACGCUAAUCCGUCAGACAAAAAGAUUGACGUUACUUUUGAAAUGGCUCAACAAGAAAUAGCCCGUAACUCGGGAUUAAGUAUGAACGAUGGAGACGAUGAUAGACCUUUAUCUAAAGACGAACUAAUAUUAAAUGAAGAUAUGGCAGAAAUAGUUCCAGCCAUAGAAGAAGCUAAUUCAAUAUCUGAAGAAUUGAAUAAAAAGAGAAAAUUUGAACUAUUACUGGUAUCAGCAGAAGCUAGAGGAGAAAAUGAAGGAAGAACAAAAAUAUUUGUUAAAAUGAAAAAUCUUGAAAAUAAUCUUGAAUGGGUUUGGCCAAAGGAGAAAUUCAUGAACAGAAAAUAUGUUAUGCAAGAAUUAUUUGAAAAGUAUCAAGAUGGUGAAAGUUUCGAAGUUGAUAAGAGUAGGGAUCCUUUUGCCGAAGAUGAAGACGCAGAAGUACACGUAGGAUCUGUAAAAGUUUGGACGCAGAGUCUCUCCUACGUUCUUGACGCUAAGGAACAAUUAGAAAUAUUAGAUUUUAAGGGAAACGAAAUUGGCAAAAUAAACAUUGAAUUGUUGCCUUGCAAUAAAAAAGGCAAAGUUCUAACAGAUAAGGACGACAUUUGGGUUGAUAAGCCCGAAGAUUUAAUUGGAAAAGAUUUACAUUUUAUCUUUAAAAUAUUAUCGGCUAGAGGCUUGCCGUCAAGAUUUAAAGAAUUUUACUGCAAAUACCAAAUGUAUGGCGAAACUGAAUGGACAAAUACAAAGACUAUUUCAAAAACUACAAAUCCUGAUUGGAACUUUGAUAAAACUUAUCAUUAUGAAAAUAUAUCGGAAAAGCUACUGGAGCAACUUAAAAGUAACGCCAUUAUGCUGCAACUAUGGGGUGUACAAAAAAUAGUACAGCAAAGAAAUAUUACAAAUACUAAGAGCGCUUUACUUAAAGAAGCGUCGAAUCAGGGUCGUUCCUUAAAUGUUGAAAAUGGAUCAAAGAAAGUUGACAUCAAUAAAGUUAAAUACUCAAUGGAAUUGGCCGUAAUGAAGAAGAGAGCGACAAAGGCGGAAAUAAAAAUAGCUCAAUGGAGAAGAUUAGUAAUUAUGGCGGAAGAACAAAAUAAGUCCAAAGUGUCUACUAAAAUAAUAAAAGAACUCUUUCAUUCUCAUACAAGCGACGAAGCCGAAAAAUGCUACAAACUUUUAGCGAAAGAGAAAGAUGAUGACAACGAACAAGGAGGAAAAUCAUCGACAUGUGUAUUGUUAUAG